AUGCGAUUUCACGCCGCUUCCAGCACCGCCGAGACCAUCGGCGAGCGAUAUCACGAUAUCCUCAGUUCUCCUACGCUCGCAGGGCUCCGGCACAUUCGCAACAUCGUUCAUGAAGCUGUGGUGCUUGAGGAUGUUAUCAAAAGUACGUGGAUGAUCGAAGAACUCGCAUCGAAAAGCGUAUCGCUGCAAGAUCUGCGAGAUCAACAAGAGGAGGCUAUCGCCGACGAUAAGAAGAAGCAACAUAAGCAGGGUAUACGAUUCACACGAUCUGUCAUCAUCAAGGAGAUGAACCGCCUCAAGGAUGAGUGGCGAGAGAAUAAAGAAGUUAUCGUCAACGGCAUACCAAAGAGGCUGCAGUUCAAGCAGUGGUUGGAGCACACAGGGAAGCAAUAUGACUAUUUAUCUAUGGAUACACAGCGUUCACAAAUGACUCAAGCACUGAAAGAAGAGACUGACGGCUAUAUGAUAGAUACACAACUCCCUGAUGAUGUGCGUGAAGCUAUCCGCAAGGCACAUGAUGAUACGGUCACUUUCAACCUCACACAAGCACACGAGCACGAGGAAAUGGAUGAAGAAGACGAGAUUCUUCCUGUAAUUGAAGUCGCCGGCGGCAGCGAACAGGAUAUUUCAGAGCGCGGUAUCCAAGUCUCUAUGAUGGCCGACAUCUACUCAGUAGCUACAUCAGUUUUGAUGUGGAUUGGAGAAGAGAGAGAUGACUCAGACUUGGCUUUUGAAUCAAUCCCAACUCUUUCUCGCGCUAUAGAAGAGGCGCAAACGUCAGAAACGUUCUCAGCUAUACCAUUCGACAAAGCCAACAAGGACCUACUUCUCCGCAUACUGGAAUUGAAAGAUCCCAACGUAAUUCAGAGAUCACAGAAAGCAUGGGCAAAGUUGCAUGGGAGAUGUUACUUCAAGCGAGCCUGGAUCUUCCAGGAGGUUAUCCUAGCAGGGUCACGAGGCACAGUCAUAUGUGGGACACAACAAUGUUCCUGGGAUGCAUUCCAAGCUGCCUUUCAAGUUUAUGAUGCUACAUUAAAGAUCAAUCGUCUUCCUCCGCUAAAAACCAUCAUACUCAACGACUUUGUUUUUCGCUUUACAGGAUCUCUGGUACUUAACAUAGCGCUGCGUACAAUGUCAGCUUUUGAAGCAGGAGACCCUCGCGAUAAGGUAUUCGCAGCUUUGGGACUUGGUUUUAUGAACAGGGAAGAAAUCCAAGGUUGUGAACAUGUCCAGCUUCCGAGAGCAGAACGUGUCGAAAUUCCAAGAGCAGACUACACCAAGUCGGUUGAACAAGUCUUCAUCAACGCGAACCGGUACAUAAUUUACGAGUUUGGCGACAAAGAUCUAUGGCGCAAUCUCGAUCCGUUUAAUCAAACUGUCGCAGCUGAAGGUACCAGAAGCCUUCCUUCUUGGGCAUUUGACUUCAGUAAACCCGCAAGAACCCACGACGCGGCAUUCAACACGGAGAAACCAGACCAUUCGAGAACGAACUUGUCAGCUAUCCUAGCCACCCUUCUGUUUCGACGAGACCGUCUAAUAGAUGGGGACAUCGAUUAUGCAGCAUAUGUGGUAUGGCAGCUCAUGGCGGACAACGAGACAUCAGAAAUCUUCAAAGCCCCGCCAGAUUAUCUUCAACUUGAAAUUGCAGCCUGUGCAGAAACAUCGAAGGAACUGGCAGACUUUGACCUCCGCAUUUGCAAGAACAUGGAGAGCCGACACAACUACCGAUGGGAUUUUAUUUACACCGAGAAAGGAUACUUUGGCCUUGCGCCACAUCGCGAAGGAGGUGGUGACUUGGUGGUGACAGUUAUAGGAGGCUGUCCGGACCUUGUUCUACUGAGAAGAAUGUCAAGCGGGGGUGAUACGUGGUACGAGUAUGUGAGCAAGGUAUAUCUGUAUGACUGGACAAGGGACAAGAUCGAAACAGUGGAGGACCUUGGCGAUGAUGUGCAGGAAGUUCGUUUCGAAAUUCGUUAG